AUGCGAAGGACAGAAGUUCCAGUCAAAGGAGGAUUCAGAGAAGCCUCGCUAUCACAUGUUGAUCUGCCAGAUGAUGAGCUUGCAACUAUUCAACGGGUUGUCUCUUUUCUAUACCACCAAGACUACGAAGACACAGAUGGCUCGUACUUUCAAAAUCGGAAGUGCGCUUCUGGUAAUGGUAUGGAACCUCAUGCAGCUAUGUGGAACAACCUCGGAGUGUUCAUGGCGGCCGACAAGUUUGACAUUUCGCGACUGAAAAUCCUUGCGAGAUCUCGAAUUAUGAAUUGGAUCUCCGAAAACGCAAGGGGAUUUCCAUUGAUUGUGCAACAAAUCUGGAUCACCAUUCCGCCUCUUGAGAGCGAGAUUCGAGACGCCAUAAUUAAGUCAAUCUCAUGCGAUGCGCAGGAGUUCCUCGCCUACGAUGAAAGUAUGGUGAUUAUGACAGAUAUACCAGAUAUAACCAUUGCUGUACUUAAGAAAAUUGCGGAGGAAAAUUCUUCACUCAAACUCAAACUUCAACGGCAGAGGAAAACGGCCUCGAUGUGGUGA